AUGACGAUGGCGAACUGUCGUUACUUGCGCUUCGUCACCGUCCCCGGUGAAGCAGAUGGCUCUGAGACCGCCUGUCCCGUGAACGCAAUUGUCUUCCAUCCUCGGUAUGGAACUUUUGCUACAGGCGGUUCUGAUGGCGGUGUGUCGAUUUGGGACGGGCUGAGCAAGAAGAGGCUAUGCAGGGUUCCUCCUCUGCCUACAAGCGUUUCAAGUCUGGCCUUCAACUCCAGCGGCACCUUGCUCGCAAUGGGGGUCUCCUACAUGUUUGAACGGGGACCGCAGCCGGGACAGCCCAAACCGCAAAUCAUCGUGCGCGCUGUUAGAGAAGAGGAUGUGCGCCCGAAGUCCUAG